AUGGUGCUUCUUCUGAUGCAGCUGUUAGCCUGGUGAGUCUCACUCCCUGCUGAGUUCUGUCAUUUAGCUGUGGGUGUUUCUUCUUCCCCUGAGAGACUCCAGAGGAACAAAGGAACCCCAAUCUUUUGUCUUUGUCUCUCUUCGCACUCAGGUUUCUGUUGGAGAACUUCUACCUUGAUAAACAUGUGCGCUAUAUUGUGACUAUCUACCCGGUGGUGAUCCUGUGGUUGGCAGGGGUCCUGGACAACUCCAACUCUCCUACAAGUCCCAUUUACAUCUUUGUAGGUACGGUAUGACAUUUGCAUAGGGCACAAAAUAGCCUCAUAUCUGCAGAUAACAAACUUGAUCAUAUUUAUUGUUUAAAGCUCCUGAACUUCCUGUUAUUUUCUAUCAUAAUAUUUCAUAUGGAAAUUGUAAAAUCAGGACUGAUUCUUUAGCUUCUCCACUGACAUCUACUCUCCCACACCAGUUUCAGGCAUUAAAAAUGACUACACAAAGAUCAUCAAUCUUGUUGCUGAUGGUCCUGUUUGUUUUUGGUUAAUUUCACCUGUAAACAUAAAAAAACUCCUCACAGUAUCUUUAAUAUGAGUGUUUUGACCUCAUUGUCCUUCCACAGCUUCGAUCCUGGCUUUCUCCUGUGUCAUGUUUGUCACACGUGUCGCUCUGGUCACAUGGAGGCAUCACAAACAACCACUUUACAGUGACAGCAGAGCGUCCAUGUCUCCUGUAGAAAUAGCCUUGACCCAGAGCAAACUCUGUCUCUGA